AUGUCAGUUCACCAACCAAAAAUAAAUACAAGUGAUCAACAACAAGUUUCAAGACGUCCAACUACAACGGCUUCUUCAACUGAAGUCUUUAAACCUUCAGCAGUAACAGAUAUUCCAGAAUUAAGCAAAGAAAAUUUACUCAACAUGCUUAACCAAAUUCCUGAUUUACAAGGUCGUCAAUUUAACAUUGAAUAUGCACCAUCUGCUGCAUCUGAAGGUUAUCCUAUUCCGACGAAUUUAGAUUAUCCUACUAAUUCAUAUCCAGAGCCAGUAUUUAUUGAUAAAUUACCAAACGAUGUAAUUAAACACGUAAAAAGUAGCAAUAACAAAGUUCUUACAGCUGCAUUAGAAGCAACUAUUCAAAAAGAACAAAAUUUACAAUCAGCAGAUCGAUCUGAGCCAACGAGUUCAUCGUUAUACGUUCAACCGACAACUAUUAUGCAUCAUGUAGCACAACCUCAUGAACAAGUUCAACAAUCUCGAUCUGUAUCUGCAAAUGAUUCUGAUAGUAGUACUGAAGUAUCUUCAUCGACUACAGCAUCGUCAUCAAGCGAAGAAACUGACAGUGAAGAAUCAGAAUCUAUUCCAGCAAAAAUAACAGAAAAUUGUAAUUCAUAUGAUGAACCAUUUCUACCAAAAUCAUAUUCUCAAAAUCAAUAUUGUUAA